AUGCCCAAGCAGGUUACCGACAUUAAAAACUUCCUCGAGAUUGCGCGCCGCAAGGACGCGAGGGCCGCGCGCAUCAAGAAGACUGCUAUUGGCCCCAAGCAAGUCCAGACCAAGUUCAAGCUACGCUGCUCACGCUACCUGUACACCCUUGUUGUGGAUGAUCUCGAGAAGGCCAAUAAGCUCAGGCAAUCUCUUCCUCCGAAAAUGGAGAUCAUUGAGAUUGGCGGCAAGCACGUUCGUGGUGCCUAG